ACGCCCACUAUUACAUUUGCCUGCUGUACAAGAUCGCCAUAUUUUCUAAUUCCUCAUGUUUUCUAGGUAGUAUUUAGAAUCCAAAAUCAUCCUUCAAGAAAGAGAAGGAAAUUCAUCAUGGAACACUCGUAUGGUAUAGGGACGUCCAACAGGUAUGGAGCCUUUUUAGCUGACGAUGCUGAUGAUAUUUUAGAACAUGAACCAGCACCGAUAGAUCCUAAGGUCACCAAGGAGAAAAAGAAGAAGAAAUCUGGUAGUGGUGGAAAUGCAAACAAGCAACUGAAUGAGAAAAACAGUCAAAAACCAGUUGAAACAGAGAGUCGAUCGAACAGAAGAGAUGCAGAUAUGAAAGACAAACCAGAGCGCUUUGGAAAGGAGGCUGAUGUUCCACCAAGAAGAGGUGGACGAGGAGGGAGAGGAGGACGUGGAAGAAGGGGACGUCCUUACCAAGACAGAGAAAACCGUGAAAAUGAAGAACCAUCACAAUACAAUGAUUCGAUGACAUCAGACAUGAAAUCUGAAAGGUCAUUUUCCGACCGUCCUAGAGGCUUUGGUCAACCAUCCCGAGGAGAAUUUGGUGAACGAAGAGGACGCGGAGGUAGAGGACGUGGUGGUAGAGGAAGAGGAGGAUCUAAUGGCGGCCGUGAUUACCGAGGGAAACGAGAAUUUGACAGACACAGUGGAAGUGACAAGAGCUCGAUUAAGCCACAUGAAAAGAGAGAAGGAAAUGGACCUCAUAACUGGGGUAGUGUGCGAGAUGAAGUCAGUGAACUUGACACUUCCAAUGUUACUGAUGAAAGCCAAGACUGGAGUACCCAAGUAGAAGAUGGCGAACAAAUACCAGUGCAAAAGGACGGCGAAGGGCAAGAUGAGGAGAAGGCAGAAGAUGGAAUCGAAGAAGAGACGCGGGAAAUGACACUAGAGGAAUACAAGGCACAGAUUCAACAGAACCGUUAUAAAAAAGACUUCAACUUGCGCAAAGCUGGUGAAGGAGAAAAUGCAGAGCAAUGGAAGACAACUUAUAAACUGGAUUCAAGAAAAAUUGGCGGAUAUGAGGAGGAUAGGGCACAGGAGGAUGAACACGUACACCAAGGACGACCUUCACAAAAACAUGUACUGGAUAUUGACAUAAGCUUUAACGAACCAGCUGGACGAGGAGGCGGACGUGGAGGAAGAGGUGGACGUGGGGGAGGUGGUAGAGGCAGGGGUGGUGGGCGUGGUAGAGACCGUGACAGAGAUAGAGAUGGAAGAGGUAGACGAGGUGGUGGUGGUGGUGGUGGUGGUGGGCGUGGCGGCUUUGGUGGAAGGUAUCGCAAUGAUGGGCCAGCUGCUCCUCGUGUAGACAACGAGGAUGAAUUCCCAAGCCUGGGAGCCAAUUAGUUGUCUAAUGGCAAAGCCCAGAAAAGAAAACAAAAAAAACCCUAAACAAGCUGAAUAGCUGUUUGUGUAAUGAUUGGGUGUUGUGUAAGCAGUGCAGCAAAUCACUUCUGGUGUCAUCCAACAUCAGCCAAUUUUAAAUUAAGUUUUCUAAUAUAGAAAUAAGUGUAUGUGGUAUUUUAGAAUGUCUCAUGGUUUAAAGAAACAACACGUGUAGAUAUCAAUAGGCCCUUCAAGUUAAUGGCACUUGGCUCUGAGAUGGAGAAGAGCAACAAUUUAGUUUUAGGAUUUGAAGUACUGUACUCUGAUAAUCUGACUUUGCAUUCUCAUUUCAGUCUCCUAGAGUGUCGAGGUAGCACCCGAAGGUUUAUUUCAGUCUCCUGGGGGAGUUGAGGUAGAACCUUAAUUUGAUGUCUAAAGACAGUUGUAAAUUUAUUAGGAAGAAUGUGAAAAACAUGAAUUUUAUUUAAUUGCAAUUUAAACUUUCAAAAGUGAAAUUUUUUAAAGGGUAAAUGAAAUUUUUGUUCGAUAGUUAAAAUCUAUUGCAAAUUUGGCAGAGGUGCACUUGAAGAAAACAAGUAAUCGAUGGAACAGUAACCUGAAAUUUAUGAAAUAUGGCUUCUAGAGUAAUCAGAAAGCAGUUUAAUAUAUUCCUGUAAUAUGGAAUAAAGGGUUUUUUGUGUUCAGUCCAAAUAGGUUUGUGCAUGAUAUUCCUUCCACAGUAGAACAAUGUUGUAAUUUACUAGCCCACCGCCUGCACGAUGCUUCUGCUUUAAUAAGAUGAAAUAACCUUGAAACUGAUUGUCUUGUGAUACAAGUUUAGGUUCAGUUUUUUGAGAUAAGAAACUAAGCAUUUGUGAUCUUUCCCUCAGUUGGUAACCUGGUCACCAUGGAUACGCCAGUGUGAUCAGUGAUGUAUUGUAAUGCUUAUUAAAAAUGAUUUUACUGAUCGGUUUCUGUUUCAUGGGUCAUUUUAAUAUGUUCCUCUUAGACUAGAGGAAAAUUGGAAUAAGAAAAUAUAUUUUAAUCUUGCAUUCUGUCAGAGAAUAUAGAUGUGUAGGCUCAAAAUAUGCCAAUUUAAGCCACCCAGGUAAUGUGGAACAACCACCUGCAAUUUCAAUAACCUAGAGUAUACUGGAGAUAAAUAUUCUCUUAAAUUAUCUUCAAUUCUUAAAUUUUGUUGUACAUGUCCACUGUCUGAUGAUUACUUCUGACCCAAACUUAUGUAAAAAAUGGUUGUACAUUACUACAAGAAUAGGUUUCAAAUUUUGAACAAAAAGAAAAAGAAAACUCAAGUUAUGUUCUUGAUGAUUUUAUCUUUUUUUUGUUGGGGUAAUACAGUAGAACGUUUAAAAAAAACUGUAUAGGGAAAACAGCAAAAAAAAAAAUUGGUAUAGUAUGCACAAAAAGAAUUCGAGAAUAAUUUUUUAUCAUGGAAAAUCAUAUUGAAUGGGUUUACUUUUGCCGCCCUUUACUCAUCGUUCGUAUUUGAAUUUCUUAAUUCUUCUAUAAUGUACAGUACCUAUCAGCUGUAUUCUAUUCACAUUUAUUUUAAGUACAGCAAACAGACAUAUUGCCACGAUACUGUGCUGCUUCAUUUAAUAAAUAAUUCUUUUCCAUGUGACUCAAA